AUGUCUGCUCCCGUUGCUACUCCCUCCCACCAUACUGUGCCCGUGGCUCACACUGCCCCCGCGGCUCACACCGUCCCCGUGGCUCACGCCCCCGGCACCACCGAGACCGCCACCCACCCCACUCACCCCGUGGUGUCCAAAUCCAAGCUCAAUUUCCCCCGAGUGCUGACCUGGAUCGACCCCGUCGCCUCCGCCCGGUCGCUGGUCACCAUUCUGGGUCUGCUGUACCUCGCCAAGUACGGCAACCUCUUCCGACUGGCCCUGCGAUUCUCCUACUGGGCCAUUGGCCUGGGUGUCGCCACCGAGUUUAUCACUGGCAAGGCCACCGGCCAGAAGCACGGUCUUGUCUCUUACUACAAGCCCUCCUCCUACAUUCCUCUGUCCGAGGCCACGGUGACCCGAUUUGCCCAGGCUCUAGGCAAGAACGUCGUUGCCGCCUUCGACCACGUCAAGGGCUACCUCGACGCCGACAACCUGCACUCCUCCUUCCACGCUGCUCUCUUCACUUGGGUUCUCUACCAUGUGACCAAGUUUGUGUCUGUGUGGUCUCUCGCCCUCACCGCCACUAUCCUCGCCUUCGCCAUCCCCCCUGUCUACCUCCAGUUCCAGGAGCCCAUCGACCAAACCAUUGACGUUGCCUCCGAGAAGGUCCACGAGGAGCUCUCCAAGGUCCAGAAGCAGAUUGAGGCUGCCGCUGGUCCCCACAUCAAGACCGUCAAGCAGCAGGUGUCCAAGGUUACCGACCAGCUCGGCCUCACCCGAGGUGGCUUCCCUCUUGAGGCCGAUGCCAACAAGGUCAACCCCCAUGCUUCUUCCACCAUUGAUCCUUCCGUCCAGCACACCUCCAAGCCCGUGUCUGCUGCUGCUGGCGGCGUCCCCACCAACGCCAAGGCCUCUACCCCCGCCAACGUUGCUGCCCACGCCUCCAACGCCGCCGCUGCCGAGUUCAAGCCUUCCGAGCCCGUCAAGGUCGCUGCUGUCCCCGUCCCCGUGGCUGUGCCCGUUGCUGUGCCCGAGCCCUCUUUCCCUUCCGUGCCUUCCAAGGCCCCUGCUCCCUCCGCCAACCACCCUGUUGACGAGGUCAAGCAGGCUCUGAACGCCUCUCGACAGGCCGUCCCCAACCAGCUUUAA